AACACAUUCACUACAAUGUACAGCUGUUAGCUUAGCGUUAACCAGCACUGGCAAAAUCGUGGUUUACUUUUUACGGAACGCAAAUAAAUUUUACGGAAAUCAAGGAUGAGUUCGGGCUUUGUGACUGAAGCUGAAGCCGCAGAACAGCGGCAGAGACGCCAGGAGGAGUGGGAGCGGGUGCGUCAGCCUGAGGAUCCACUGGAACGACCCGAGGAGCCUUACGACGGCCGCUCCCUGUACGAACGCCUCAAACAGAACAAGGACAAGAAAGAUAUGGAGUACGAGGAAGCCCACAAGCUGAAAAACCUCAUACGCGGCCUGGACGACGACGAGGUGCAGUUCUUGGAACUGGUCGAUGCCCACAAAAUGCACGCCGAGCGCCAGCAAAUGCGGGAUGAGGAGCUGGAGCUAAAAGACUUCCGCAAUCGCGUUGAGAAGCUGCAGGAGGAGAGUGUGGACAAGAAACUGCAAGCAGAGCUCAAGACCACCGCCAAGUCCGCUGGAGCUUCGGGUGGACGCAGCACUCAGAAAUCGCUGCUUGGCCAGGGCAUCAAGCGAAAAAACGGAGAAUUGCCCACCACCAGCAAGGUGGCAAAAAUUGCCGAGGAUGAGGUGGUCCAGCAUACAGCCACGGAUGAAGCGUCCAAGGAGCCGGCGGAGAAGACAACGAACACCACGCUAACCACAAACAAAUACAAUCAGGGAGCCCUAAAGUGCAUCGCUGUACUGCCGGGCAUCGGUUCCUACACAGAGUCCAGUGACUCGGAGGCCAGCACAGAUGAGGAGGAGCCCGACCUGUGCAGCCGAACCGACUUGUGUGGCCGCAAAAUUCCCAAGAAGAAGCAGUGCACCGAAUAGGAUCAUCAUUUUAUUUGGAUUCUUAAUAUGUAGUUUCUUUCCUUGCAAGAGAAUAUAGCCUAGAGUGUAAACGUAA